UGCUUGUGUUCUUUGUCUCUUUACAUUUUGGAAGCAUUUUAAUUUAAGCUCCAUUUUCAAUAUGUGUGAUUUCAGCUCAAAGACUCUGGGCCGGUGCCUGUGUAUCAUCACUGGAGCUUCAAAAGGGUUUGGACGGAGUCUGGCACAACAGGUUCCAUAUAUUCUUCAGGCCGGCUCUGUAGUCUUAUUGGUGGCUCGGAGUGGUCUACUGCUGGAGGAGUUGAAAACGGAUCUGGAAAACCUCACUGUUCACUUGGGUCUGGUGGUGAACUGUGUAUCAGCGGACCUCGGCACGGCGGAGGGUGUGGCCAAGACGCUGGAGGCCGUGAGACAAGACGCAGUGAAUGACUACGAUCACAUGCUUCUCAUUAACAACGCUGCCUCUUUAGGUGCCAUCUCUCAGUUCUGCAGCUUCACUGACCCAGCUCAAGUGAAUGCCUAUAUUUCCUUUAACGUUAGCUCUGCUCUGGCUCUGACCGCUGGGGUUCUGCAAGCGUUGCCUCAAAGACCAGGCCGAAAGAGGACUGUGGUCAAUGUCUCCUCUGUGUUUGCUCAUAAGCCACUUCCACGCUGGGUCUUGUACUGCACCGCCAAAGCCGCCCGAGAUAUGAUGUUCAAAGUGCUGGCUGAAGAAGAGACAGACCUAAAAGUGCUCAGCUACUCUCCAGGGCCCAUGGACACAGAGAUGCAGGAGGAGAUUUUCAGACAGAUGGGUGUCAGGCAUGAGUUAAUGCCUUGUCAAAAGUCUGGAGCUAAACUUCUGAAUCUGGUUCUGGACGGUGACUUUCCCUCUGGAGCGCACAUAGACUUUUUUGAUCUGUGACAAAACUAUCAGCAUAGAAUAUAGAAUUUUUUUGGACAUGGGAUGGGAAAGUAUUU